AUGGGAGGGGCGGGGCCACGUCCAGGAGACGGGCAGAAGGGCGGGACCUCAGGGAAGGGGCAGGGCAAUGGGGGGGCGGGGCCACUGGGCCAGGAGGCGGGGCAAUGGGAGGGGCGGGGCCACGUCCAGGAGACGGGCAGAAGGGGCGGGACCUCAGGGAAGGGGCAGGGCAAUGGGGGGGCGGGGCCACUGGGCCAGGAGGCGGGGCAAUGGGAGGGGCGGGGCCACGUCCAGGAGACGGGCAGAAGGGGCGGGACCUCAGGGAAGGGGCAGGGCAAUGGGGGGGCGGGGCCACUGGGCCAGGAGGCGGGGCAAUGGGAGGGGCGGGGCCACGUCCAGGAGAUGGGCAGAAGGGGCGGGACCUCAGGGAAGGGGCAGGGCAAUGGGGGGGCGGGGCCAUUGGGCCAGGAGGCGGGGUAA